AUGGGACAAAACCAACAAACUCAGUCAUCAGAUGAAGAACUGGCGCUAGAUAAUAUUCAAGAUCUCUACAGGUUCUUCAUCAUGGAGUGCCCAAGUGGAUCUUUGUACCUACACGAGUUCAAGAGGAUGUUUGGAGUGGUGAACGGGACGCCAGAAUCUCUGUAUAUGGACAGCAUAUUUAGAGCUUUUGACAUGAACCAUGACAACACAAUGGAUUUUAUUGAGUAUGUCGCUGCUCUGCAUCUGGUUCUUCGUGGAAAACUAGAAGAUAAGCUGCGAUGGUCCUUCAAGGUGUUUGACAGUGAUGACAACGGUCGUCUGGAUCGAAGCGAACUGCGAAAGAUUGUUAAGAUUAUCUACAAGAUCAAAAAGGGCUCAAUAACUGACGAAAGUGGCACAACUUAUCUGACGUCUGAGGAGGUGUGCACUCGAAUAUUCCGAGAGGUCGAUGUGAACAGUGAUGGUCAGAUCACCCUGGAGGAAUUUGUUGAAGGAGCUCAGAAGAGCGAGUGGGUACGAAGUUUCCUGCAACUCGAUGUCAAUCCAAGCGGAUGGGUGCAGAGACAUUUGUGCGACAGAAAACUGUGCGCUAAAGACUCUUGA